AUGGGACCCGAAAAUCAGAACGACAGCAUGAAUUCCGCAACCCUACCCUCCGUCGGCCUACUGGUGCUUGUUGCCGUUUGCAGCGUUCAAGCGAAAAUGGAACCGUGCGUUACCGAAAAGUCCACCUGCUACGAAAAUAUCACCACAAGACACUUCCCGCGGGAGCGGUCGCGAUGGGCUGACAAUCUUUGCCGACACAUUCCCAACUUUCAAGCCUAUCACUGCUUGUGCAGCAAGAAGUUUGUCGACGACUACAAGCAGAACAACUGCGGCAACAACGUGGGCUUCUUGCAAACCCGGAUGACCUGCGGUGAAUUUCGGCCAAGCGACCAGUGCCCACAAAAGUACGAACGGUCCCGGAAAACCUGCUGGGACUUGGCCCAAUAUUCCGAGUGUCUAUACGCCGAACAGGCCGAGAUGUGCCAAAACACGCGCGCCUACAAGAUCUACUUCUACAACGAGAUGCUCCUCGAGUUGAACACCCGUGAAACGGUCCGGUGCCGCAAGGAGCGCAUCGAAUUUGUCGAGCACGUGCGCGAUCAGCUUGUGGGA